AUGUUUAAGAAAUACUUUGGCCUCAAGGGCCAGGUCCUCAACUAUGCUAUUAGCACUAUUGCAGGAUGUGAUUUCCUGCUCUUUGGUUACGACCAAGGUGUCAUGGGUGGUAUCUUGACCAUGCAGCCCUUCUUGGAGCAGUUCCCCGACAUCAACAAGGAUGAAGAGGGCAUUUCCAGUGCUCUGGCCAAGAACCGUUCCAACUACCAGGGCAUUGCCGUGUCCUCAUACAACCUCGGCUGCUUCAUCGGCGCCAUCAUCACCAUCUUCAUCGGCAACUGGCUCGGCCGCAGAAAGAUGAUCAUGCUUGGCACCAGCAUCAUGGUCGUCGGAGCCGCCCUUCAGGCCUCGGCCUUUUCUCUUGACCACUUCAUCAUCGGACGAAUCAUCACCGGCCUCGGAAACGGAGGCAACACCUCGACCGUGCCCAUGUGGCAAUCCGAGACGUGCUCUGCUCACAAGCGAGGCAAGCUUGUCAUGAUCGAGGGCGCCCUCAUCACACUCGGCAUUAUGAUCUCGUACUGGGUCGACUACGGCAUGUACUUUGCCUCUGACACUUCUGCGUGCUGGCGUUUCCCCCUGGCGUUCCAGAUCGCCUUCUGCCUCUUCAUCAUGGCUUUCGUCAUGAACCUGCCCGAGUCCCCACGAUGGCUCAUGCUCAAGGGCCGCGACGAGGAAGCGCGAGACGUCAUUGCUGCCAUUGCCGACAGAGAGCUCCAUGACAAGUACGUCGAGAACGAGUUCAAGGCUAUCAAGGAGACCACCAUGGAGAUGAGCAAGGGUUCAUUCUCGGAUCUGUUCCAGCGCAACCACAACCGCAACCUCCACCGAACAAUUAUUGCAUAUGUGAACCAGAUGUUCCAGCAGAUCAGCGGUAUCAACUUGAUCACAUACUACGCCGCCACCAUCUAUGCGGACCUUGGAAUGAAGGGUCACAUGCCCCUUCUCCUGGCUGCACUGAACGGUACCGAGUACUUCAUCGCCUCCCUGCCGGCCAUCUGGCUGGUCGAGCGUGUCGGUCGUCGCAAGCUUAUGCUUUUCGGCGCCGCCGGGCAAGCCAUCACCAUGGCCAUCCUCGCCGGUGUCGGCUCGAGUGACGCCAGGGGCUGCCAGAUCGCAGGCAUCGUGUUCCUCUUCGUCUUCAACUCGUUCUUCGCCGUUGGCUGGCUCGGCAUGACCUGGCUAUACCCCGCCGAGAUCACUCCUCUCCGAAUCCGCGCCCCUGCCAACGCACUCUCCACCAGCUCUAACUGGAUCUUUAACUGGCUGGUCGUCAUGAUUACCCCCCCUGCGUUCCAGAACAUCAAGUCCAACACAUACAUCAUCUUUGCCGUCAUCAACGCCAUCAUGUUCCCUUCGGUCUACUUCUUCUUCCCCGAGACGGCCUACCGAUCCCUCGAAGAGAUGGAUACCAUCUUCCAGAAGGUCAAGGGCCUCAGGGGUGCCCUGGAUGUGGUGCACCAGGCCAAGAUCGAGCCUCGGCGGUACGACAACAAUGGAAACCUGCUCAUCGCUGUUGAGGAGGUGGAGGAGAAGGGUCACACGGAGCACCGAAGUGGCAGUUCCAGCGGCGCUAGCAACAACGGCCCUGCCAAUGCCACCAUGUUUACCUCGACGGACGAGGAGAACCAGCGCCAGGAGAAGUAA